AUGGCUGAAUCGCCCUCAACUGCAACAGCAGUGCAUGGUGACAGCUGGAAGAGGCUGUCCCUUGAUGAAGAUGCUCCGGAGUCAGCUGCCCCGAAAAAGUUUCUGCACCAUCUCGCAGCCCCGCAGAAGGUGGUCAACAUCACAGCUGCGAUGCUGAGGCUGCUGCCCAAGGAAGACAGCGUGGGCAAUGAGGGCCAAGACCGUGCUGUUCAGAUGUCAGGUGGAUGCCGCUGCAAGCGCAAUUGUGUGAAGCAGUUCCAUGAGUCAGAGACGCUCAACUUGGCCAGUCUGUGGCAUGGCUUGUCCGUGCAGACUCGGGUGGGUGUCCUCUCUGGUCUGUAUCAUGGUGACUCUGAAGAUGUUGCUGCCUGCAGCGAGGGUGAUGAUCGUCAACAGGAGCGUGAGAUUGAGCGACACCACUGGAAGCUCAAUGACAAGCAAGUUUGCUUCAGAGGUUUCUGUCAGCUGCUUGGAGUUUCUGCCAAGACUGUGUGCAGAAUGAUCCAUGGAGCUCCUGACAUGCGCGUGGGCGAGCAUCAGCCUGGCACAAGGUCUCACCCACAACGUGACUUCAUCAACUACUUUUUCACUGAGCUGUAUCUCUGCGCUGCAGAGGACCUGCCAGAGGUGGCUGUCACUGAGGGGGUGGACGCAGCGAUUGAGCAAGGCCUUCAAGCAGAGGUGACAACGGAGGAGUCCCCAGAGUUCAAGAAGCACUUUGUCUGGAACCUGCAAACUGAAGUUCCUGCACGCCUGACUGCUCUGCUGAUCACAGAUAGUGGCCAAAAGCCACCUCCAUGUCGCAUAAUACCGCCAGGCAAGCUCAGUGACCUGUGGUACCAGUUCCUGGCAUGGAGUGAGUCGCAUGAGGUGCAGGACCGAACUGAGGAUCUGAAGAGUGUUCGCAAAUCUUCAAAGCGAGGUGAUGAGAAGAAUGUCCCCAGCUGGGCAACCUUCUGGCGUGUUUGGAACACAUAUUGGCAUGGCAAAAGCAGGACAUUGCUGGCCUUCAGAAAACAAAGCCAGCAUGCAGAAUGCGAUGUUUGUGCCCAUGCACGCAUGUGCCUCUAUGGCAAGAACAUGUCAGUCAACGACAAGAUUCACUUGGCGACUGCGUGGCGCCAACACCUCCGUGAUCAAUAUCACGAUAGACAACUUUAUUGGUCCAUGCGCUUCGCGAGCCGCUCGAAGAUGAACAUCAUCACGAUUAUAGUGGACAGUUUUGACAAGACCAAGAUGGCGUACCCCAAGCUUGACUACAAAUUGGGCAGACUGCCGCACGCAUUUGACCAGCUUCUGCGGCCAAAGCUGGUGCAGAGCUCAGUCUUGACGGCCUGCCUUUGCCAUGGAUGGCGGACUGGGGUCUUCUUGCAAGAUGAUCAUUUGCGGCAUGGUGCUGACGCCUACCUGGAGGUGGUGUCCCGCACACUAGACUCGAUUGCAACCACGACGGGGGAGCUCCCUGCCCAUCUGUGGCUGCAAUCGGAUAACACAACAGCCCAAUCGAAGAACUCCAGUUCCCACUUGUACUGUGCUUUGCUGGUCGGGCGCCGCCAAAUGAGCACAGUUACGUGCUCCUACUUGACCAAAGGUCACACGCACGAGGAUGUUGAUCACUUCUUUGGGGAGCUGCUGCCAAUCUUGAGACGCAACCACUUCGAAUGCCUCGAAGACAUGCAACAACUCCUGCAGAAAGUUCAGGUCCGGGCUGAGAACUGCCAAGAGCAGCUGCAGGUUGAAACCAUGACGGCCAUCCAUGACUUCACAGGCUGGAUGGAUGUCACAGGAGUGCGCUUGAUGAACACGUUCCGGUCCAGAAAGAAGCAACCGCAAGAACGAUGCGCCAUCCCUGCGCACUCCUUCACCUACAAGAGGCGUGAGGACCUGAGCGCAUCUGAGCGGGAGCAGCUGCCUGCCUCCACAGCACAAGGCCACGCGCAAGAUGUCUUUGCCAUCAUCAAGGCAAGAAUGCACCAUGGCCAUGACCAGGCAAAGCCGCCUGUCUUGACCUUGCCCUGGGACCGCGCAAGCAGACAAGAAGAAAAAUAUAUCGCACUGGCAGCCCUGCUGGAAAAGGAGCCCUACAACUACCAGCGUGGUCCACAAGCUUUGCGGGAGCUUGCCAGGGACCAGUGCAAGUCUGAGCUCAGGCCCAUCCCUUGGCUGGAUGUGCCUGGAGCACAGCAGAGUGCCAACGUGGUGUUCACUGGGAAUCACUACUACCCAGAGCUUGCAGAGGUUGCGUGGCCAAUGAUGGCCCAAUUCAGGUAG